GCACUGAAAUCCAGACUCCACCUGGAAUGUGGGCCAAACUCGGAUCUGAGGGUGCAGUCAUAUGACUCCCAGAUGGCUGAAUGAGAGUCAACACGGCUGAAGUUGGUUCACUGAAACGUAUUCAACAUAGUUUUUCAUCUUGGACGAUUUGUUGUAAGUAAUCGCUCGUGGCUGGUUUGAACUCCAGUCCGCACAGGGAGAUGGGAAGCGACGCGUUGUUUUGGCAGCUGUAGUCUGCAGGAGAAUGACAGCUUGUUGUUGUCUGUUGAGGAUUUGUGGAUGCAGCUCUUCUUCACCUGUGGAGGUGAUCGCGUACUCUGCAGGUUCAAAUGGAAGAACUUAGGGAUUGGCGUCCACUGCAGACCGCAGGAGAAGGGACGAGCUCCACAGAUCGUCAGCAGUCACAUGUCGGCUUCCAGAGACAAGUAGCAGCGGUCAAUUCCCCUGCUCUGUCCGCCGCACGACUCACCUUACCUGGAGUCAUGGACGCAGAGGGGAGGGUGGACGAGUCAAGACUAAGGAUGCAUAUCUUCAAAAACGGUGGCGUGUCUCCAUCUGAACGUGGCCUUGUGUGGCGUUUCCUGUUUGGGAUGUACCCGUGCAGCUCGACAGCCUUAGAGCGCUCACUUCUGCAGGAGCAGCUGGUUGUACGUUACAGUGUCAUGAAAAGAAAGUGGCAGCAGCUCCUUCCUGCAGCUGUGCACAUUCACCUCAACGGCACUGAUGGUAAACUCCAACAACACAUGCACAAACUUUUCUCUCUCCUUUUCUUAUUACAAUUUGUUAUUUUAUCGAUAACAAAAUAUCAACGACCAUAUGACCUUUUAUACAUUCAAGCUGAGUUAGUAGCAGCAGUCCGUUACUUUGACCAGAGGCAGGCACGGGCCCAACAACAGACCCAGGACCAGUCUGAGGAGGUCUGGGAAAGACUGGCUUUCUUGGAACUUCAAGCACAGAUACUGUUUGAGCGAGCCACAUUUGACCAGGAGGAGCUGCGGGAAGCAAUACGAAUCAUUGACAAGGAUGUGCCGAGAACUAACAGAGACCUGAGCUAUUACCAGGGCGAAGGUUCAGCCAAUCUGCUGGUGUUAAGAGAUAUCCUCAUCACAUAUGCUGCUUUUCACCCAGAGGUCAGUUACGCUCAAGGCAUGAACGACCUGUGCAGCCGAUUCCUUGAGGUUCUUGACUCGGAGGUGGACACUUUCUGGAGUUUUUCCUGCUACAUGGAGAAAUUCUCCAAGGACUUCAGGGCUGAUGGUCUUCACAGAAAAAUAGAGUUGGAGGCAGCGCUGCUGAAAGAACUGGAUCCUCAGCUAUAUGCUCAUUUAGUCACAGACAGUAUGGAGAGCUUCACCUUCUGCCACAGGUGGCUGCUGCUGGGUUUCCAGAGGGAGUUUGAACACAGCGACGCUUUACGUUUGUUUGAGAUCCUGAGUUGUGACCACCUCGAGCUCAUCUCCCAACAAGUAGACCGAGCCCGUUACCAGGAGAGACUGGCACGAAAAUACAGCACAGAGGAGAAUUCAGAGUCAAAUCUUCAGGCCAUCAACACUGACUUCACCUUUGAGCUCUUCAUCUGUGCGGCCAUCCUGUUGGAGAACAGAGACGCUCUGCUCAAGUGUCGAGAUGAUGUACAACUUAUCCAGUUUACUAGCAGCCUUCAGGGAACACUGGACCUGAACAGCACGCUGAAGAAAGCAGAGCAUCAUCUGUACAACUACUGCAAGCGCUGUGCUUGGGACUAUAUGAACGGGCACUGCAGAACACACAAGAGCAAAGAAGAGGACUUCCUUUGUCAGCUGCGUAGUUUACUUGUUUUAAAGUGAUGGUUACUAUUUGAAUAUCUGACAUCAAAGACUGCUAUGAUACUGUAAUUUCUAGCGGGACAUAAAAUCCCUAUUUUUUAAUUUGAUGGAACAUAUUUUUUAUCUUAGUUUUUAUUGCUGAGGGAAACACACUACUAUAGUGAUUGCUGCUGACCUUAAGUUUGAUCAGUAACUGCUGGUCAUUUCAAAUGUACAGUAUUUAUUAUGUGAAAGCCUACAAACACCAACUGUGACAAUUUUUGGUUGCUUUGCUGAACUGCAGUGAAUUUGAAGGCUGAAGCUUGAUAAUUUGAGUAGGUCAGAGUCAGCACUUUUAAGGACUUGUUUUCCAAGUUAUGAAAUAUUCAACUUCUUAAAAAACCAACCACUGAAUACUGAUCUGGUGUCGCAACAGGUGGUGUCUGAAACGAAACACAGUUAUAUUUAAUGCCAGAUGGCCUGUGUCAGAGAGGCCUAUGUAACAAGAAUAGAUAUGUCCAGUUCUUGGGCUCUGGCAGAGGGACCAUGCACUAAGGGGAAUGAUGACUGCACAACUGUGUCUUCAACAGAGAAUGAAAUUUCACAAUAGUUGUCAUGAAAACGAUACCUCAAUAAAACCACUGACGAUUGUUUACUAUGUGGUGUAUUUUA